AUGGAGAACUCAACUGAGAUUGUGUCUUUCGUGCUGGCUGCCUAUGGGAACAUCGGAAACUUAAAAUACCUGUAUUUCAGCAUAAUUCUACUGUGGUACCUCUCUAUUUGCAUGUCAAACACAAUUCUUAUUGUGGUCAUAUAUAUGGACAGGAGAUUGCAUGAGCCGAUGUAUAUAUUAUUGUGUAAUAUAUUUGUGAGUGAAAUGGGUGGCAGCACAUCCAUGUAUCCUCUUCUGCUCACACAGAUGUUGUCGGACACACAUGAGGUGACGCUGCCGUGGUGUUUCCUGCAGAUGUGUUGCCUCUACACGUGUGGUUCUGUUGAGUUUUGCAGUUUAGCAGCUAUGGCCUUUGACAGAUAUGUCUGUAUCUGUUACCCUUUACACUACAAUGUCAUUAUGAGCACAGGGAGAGUAGGUUUGAUAAUCCUGUUUAUAUGGACGUAUUCGUUUGCUAACGUUAUGUUUGCAUUUUCGUUCGUCAUCCCUUUGACAUUUUGUGGAAAUGUCAUUGACAAGGUGUUUUGUGACCACCACUUAGUGAUUAAACUUGCAUGUUCGGUCUCAGUGUUCAUCAGCUUAUCUGACCUGCUCUUUGCCUUUGUGACUAUGGUUAUACCGUUUAUUCUCAUUUCAGUCUCUUACAUGAAGAUUUUGUCCGUUUGUCUAAAUACGUCCAAAGAAAACACACAAAAAGCCGUUACCACCUGCACACCUCAGAUUGUCUCACUGUCAAACAUGUUUGUCGGCUGCAUUUUUCACUUUGUGGAUUCCAGGUUCGAUAACGCCCACGUACCGGAUAUAGUGCGCAUUGUUUUAUCUGUAUAUCUCCUCAUUUUCCAACCAAUUAUCACCCCCUUUAUAUAUGGAUUUAAGCUACCCAAAAUAAGACAGUCGUGUAAAAGAUUUCUGUUUGAGAGAAAAUGUAUAGUUUUGUGA